UCAAAGUGAUGGAUGCAGUUAAUAAAGCAAAAUCACGUAUUAAAAGAUAUCCUGAGAUUUUACUAAAAUGUCGAGUGGAAGGUUUAGAAUAUGCCGCGUGUAUUAUGCAAAAUGAAAAAGAUUUAAAACCUAACUCUUGUAAAACUCAAUUUAUGAAAUUUAGGGAAUGUUUGACUUCAAAUGCAUUGAAGUUUAGCACAAGGAUUUAGAUGUGAAUUUAAAUUAGUUGUAAUCAUUAGAUAAAAUAAUAUGUAUUUCAUUUGGCAUACAGUGUUAGCUUUCUUGAUUAGAAUAUUUAUGAUUCUUUGCUCUCAAUGGUAUGAUAAUGAUGAUACAGGUGUUCAUUAUACCGACAUUGACUACAAAAUAUUCACAGAUGCAGCUCAGCAUAUGUGGGAAGGGGACUCUCCAUAUUCGAGACCAACAUACAGAUAUACUCCAUUAAUAGCUUUGUUACUUAUACCAAAUAUAUUACUACAUAAUUGUUGGGGAAAAAUAUUAUUUUCAGCAUUUGAUCUGGGGAUUGCUGUUAUUAUACGUAAAUUAGUUUCAAAAUCUCAUCCUAAUCAUAGUAAUGUCUGUGCAUAUUUAUGGUUGUACAAUCCUUUAAGUAUUGUUAUUUCAACUCGUGGAAAUGCUGAUUCAAUAUCUUGUUUUCUUGUCCUUAUAACAUUGCUUGCUCAUAUCAAAAGUUGUUACAUACUAUCUGCAAUUUUUUUUGCAAUAUCUGUGCAUGUACGAAUUUAUCCCAUUAUUUAUUGUUUAGUAUAUUAUUUGUCCAUCGAUAGCGAAAAUAAUUAUACAUCAAUUCCUAAAAUGAUUCUUAGUCGGCUUUUACCUACUCGCAAAAAAAUAUUAUUCAUCAUUAUAUUUAUUUUAUCAUUAAUUUUAUUAACAUGGCCUUGGUAUUACUUUUACGGUCAGCAGUUCUUAGAUGAAGCAUAUUUAUACCAUAGUCGCCGAUUAGAUGUGCGUCAUAAUUUUUCUAUUUACUUUUAUUUUAAUUAUCUAUUAUCUAGCUUCGACAAAAUUUCAAUAAUAUACAGUAUAGUAACAAAACUUCCUACAUUAAUUCUUUUAGUGUCAACAUCAUUCAAAUUUUCCCAUACAAAAGACUUGCCUUUCUGUUUGUUUUGUUUAUCUUUUAUUAUGGUAGCAUUUAACACUGUAAUGACCUCUCAAUAUUUUGUUUGGUUUGUAUCAUUUUUGCCAUUAUGUUAUCCAUCUAUUAACCUAACAUACAUUGAUAUUCUAAAUCUGGUUAUGACUUGGGUAGUACCUCAAAUUGCAUGGCUAACAUUUGCCUAUUGCCUAGAAUUCUUAGGUUUUAAUACAUUUCAAUUAAUUUGGGUUGAGUCACUUAUAUUCUUUUUAGCCAAUGUUAAAAUUUUAUCAAUAACAAUUAAUUGUUAUAAAUGUAACACGUUUAAAAAAAUAUUGUAAAAUAAUUAUUUUCAUUAAAUAUAAACUUAUUUUAUUUCUAUC